AGCUGCUUUGAACCUGCUGCUUUCCAUGGAAGAAGCAAAGGUGAUUGUCAAGUGAAGAGACCGCAGUGCAGUGCAGUGAGGUUCCUGUAGCUGAACUACAGUGAGCAAAUCCACUGGACACAGGAUAAUCUGGGUCCUUUCUUCAACACAGCCAUGGGGCAGUUAUUCUCUGAUACCUCUAAGGAUGAAGAGAGUGGAGAUUUGGAGUCCAGCUUCACUAAAUAUUUUAAGAAUAUUAAGACAGAAAAUAAAAUCAUUUCUCAGGAUACCACCCGUUUAAUAGAAUUUCAUCUGAAAAGAGGAAAUAUUCAGGGGGCACACUCUGUAAUCAGUAAUGCGUUAAAAAAUAUGGAUGAUGUCCCAAUUAACAUUGCUGUGACAGGCGAGUCUGGAGCAGGGAAGUCCAGCUUCAUCAAUGCCCUGAGGGAACUUAGACCUGAAGAUGAAGGUGCAGCCGAAACUGGGGUAGUAGAGACAACUAUGAUAAGAUCUCCAUACAAACACCCCAAAAUUAAGACUCUGACUUUAUGGGACCUGCCUGGCAUUGGAACUAUGAACUUUCUGCCAAAAGAUUAUCUGGAGAAAGUGAAAUUCCAAGAGUAUGAGUUCUUCGUUAUUGUUUCGGCCACACGUUUUACAAAACUUGAACUAGACCUUGCCAAAGCAAUCAGAUUCAUGGGAAAGAAUUACUACUUUGUGAGAACCAAGGUGGACAUGGAUUUACGCAAUGAAAAGAGAUCCAAACCACGGAACUUUGACAGAGAAAAGGUUCUGCAGGACAUCAGAAGCUACUGUAUAAAUUCCUUUCAUGAGAAUAACAUGGAUGCACCAGAGGUUUUCUUGAUUUCUAACAGCCAUUUAUCUGAGUAUGAUUUUCCAGCCCUGUUGGACACCCUGAUAAAGGAUCUUCCUGCUGAAAAGCGCCACAAUUUUAUGCUUUCCUUGCCUAAUAUCACUGAGGCAGCCAUUGACAGAAAGCGCAAGUCUAUGCAGCAGACUAUCUGGUUGGAAGCCUUCAAGUCUGGAACUUUGGCUACUUUUCCUGUAGUGGGCAUCCUCAGGGAUGAUAUGAAGAAAAUGAAGGAGAAGUUAAACCACUAUCGAGUCAUCUUUGGAGUGGAUGACGAAUCUCUGGAAGUCAUGGCUAAGGAUUCCCAAGUGCCUGUUGAGCACCUGAAAGAAAUCAUUAAAUCCCCUUAUUUGUUGGACACUAAGAAAGAAAAAGCAUUAGGAGAAAUGUUUUUGAAAUACGUGGAGAAUUUUGCCUCAGCUAAUGGUGGGCUCCUUGCUACAGGUCUUUACUUUAGGAAAACCUUUUACAUGCACCUUCUUUUUGUUGACACGGUGACUGAAGAUGCCAAAGUUCUCCUUAGAGAGACAUUUUACAAAAGAACUAGUUAAAACUCAACUCACCCACAGCUACUGACCAUGACAACAUCAAAUGGUUAAUACCAGGGAGUCAUUAGAUAAAUUCUCACUCCUAACAUAGUUUCUUUACACUAGUCACAUGUUAUAGAAUAUUAUUUUAAGGUAUGUUACUUUUGAGGCUGGAGAGAUG